GUUACCGCAGCAGCCAUUAAAGUUCCGGAUAUAAAGUAGGAGCGUCACUUUUCUGCAGCGCUUUCUCCAUCUGAAAGUGAACUAAAGGUGGACUGCUGCAGGUGUUCUAUGACGGUCUGAGUCCGGGACUGGAGCAGCAGGUCGGGGUCAGAGGACCAGCCUCGUCCCGGGGCAUCUGUGGACCCCCAGCAGCAGCAUCAGAGUCCAGAUUCCCACUACUCAGUAUGGAAAUACAACAUUCUUCAUGGAAGAAGAAAAAGCUAAAAAGACCAGCCUCCCGGGAUUUCCAUGACCAGUCAGUGGAUCAUCGUCAUACUCAGUCCAAAGCGAGGCGACAUGUCCCUGAUCAGAGGAUGGUCUACAGCAUGUAUUCCUCUUCAGAGGUGGAUUUGGAGGAUGACGUUCCAUCUCUUCAUGGUUAUUCUAAUCACAGGAAAAGGCAGAAACACCGAGCCUCUCCUGUGCCCAGCGGUGUGUCCAUGAGGAGUGACCACUCCAAAGAUCUGCCUUUGAUGUUCAAAGAUGGAGACCAUGCUGGUCAAGGCGCCUACAUGGAAAGCUACAGCGGUGCUGAAUUCAACAAUGACUGGAUUCAAAAUCCGUAUUUGGACAGUCCCUGGAAUUGUCCUGAUGCUAAGGAUGAAUUGAUGGUCUACAGCAUGUAUUCCACUUCAGAGCCGGAUUUGGAGGAUGACGUUCCAUCUCAUCGCGGUUAUUCUCUUCACAGGAAAAGGCAGAAACACCGAGCCUCUCCUGUGCCCAGCGGUGUGUCCAUGAGGAGUGACCACUCCAAAGAUCUGCCUUUGAUGUUCAAAGAUGGAGACCAUGCUGGUCAAGGCGCCUACAUGGAAAGCUACAGCGGUGCUGAAUUCAACAAUGACUGGAUUCAAAAUCCGUAUUUCUUUGAUGUCGGACAUCGUCCUCCUGUUUAUGAUGAAAGCAGAGUUUCAAUGAAAAGAUCAAAUUCUCCUGAAUGCAGCUUCGUGUCCAUGAAGAGCAACAUGUCAAGAGUCGCCCCCAUCAAUUUCAAAGACAGACAUCACAAGAAGAACAAGUUGAGAAGAGCAAACUCUUCUGCCCCUAGCAGUUGUUCCAUGAAGAGUGAUGAAUCCAAAGAUUUGCAUGUGGUAUUCAAAGACGGACGCCGUUCUGCUGGUCAUAGCAGAGUUUCUAUGAAAAAAUCUAGUUCAGCUGAAUGCAACUUCUUGUCCAUGAAGAGCAACAGAUCAAAAGCCCUCUCCAUCAAUUUCAAAGACAGACGUAUAAAGAAGAAAACGUUGAGAAAAGCAAAAUCUUCUGCACUAAGCUGUUGGUCCAUGCGGAGUAAUGAAUCCAAAGAUUUGCAUGUGGUAUUCAAAGAUGGACGCCGUUCUGCUGGUCACAGCACUGACCAGGAGAGAUCAGAAGGUGCAGCUGGACAGGAUCAAGCAAACCUGGACUCUGUGUUUAAGCUGCUCAAGGAUAACAUUCACACUUAUGUGGACAAGGAGCUGAAUUUGCUCCGGGCAACUCUGAGACCAAAACAUGCUCGGUCUGUGAAGAGACAGAGGGAGGAUGAAGAAGUGCUGCCUGGUGAGGAAGAGCAGCAGAGGAGUAUCCGCUCUGAGGCAUUUCUGAAGAUCGUGCUGGACUUCCUGAAGAUGAUGAAGCAGGAGAAGCUGGCUGACGCUCUCCGGACCAAAUUAUCUUCCUUCUGUCAAUACAAAGUCAAAAGAAAUCUGAAGAAGAAAUUCCAGUGUUUGUUUGAGGGCAUCGCCAAAGCAGGAAACCCAACUCUUCUAAAUCAGAUCUACACGGAGCUCCACAUCACAGAGGGAGGAGCCAGGGGCAUCAAUGAUGAACAUGAGAUCAGACACAUUGAAACAGUGUCCAGGAAAACAAACGGAGCAGAAACAACCAUCAGAUGUCAGGAUGUCUUUAAACACACACCUGAAAGGGAUCGACCAAUCAGAACAGUGAUGACACAGGGAGUAGCUGGCAUCGGGAAAACAGUCCUAACACGGAAGUUCACUCUGGACUGGGCUGAAGACAAAGCCAACCGCAAUGUACAGUUCACUUUUCCAUUCACCUUCAGAGAGCUGAAUGUGCUGAAAGACAGAAAGUUCAGCUUGGUGGAACUUGUUCAUCACUUCUUCAGUGAAACCAAAGCAGAAGGAAUCUGCAGCUUUGAAGACUUCCACGUUGUGUUCAUCUUUGACGGUCUGGAUGAGUGUCGCCUUCCUCUGGACUUCCACAACAAUGAGAUCCUGACUGAUGUUACAGAGUCCACCUCAGUGGAUGUGCUGCUGACAAACCUGAUCAGGGGGAAGCUGCUUCCCUCUGCUCACCUCUGGAUAACCACACGACCUGCAGCAGCCAAUCAGAUCCCUGCUGACUGUGUGGACAUGGUCACGGAGGUCAGAGGGUUCACCGAUCCACAGAAGGAGGAGUACUUCAGGAAGAGAUCCAGAGAUGAGGAGCAGGCCAUCAGGAUCAUCUCCCACAUGAAGACAUCACGAAGCCUCCACAUCAUGUGCCACAUCCCAGUGUUCUGCUGGAUCACUGCUACAGUUCUGGAGGAGCUGCUGAGAAGCAGAGAGGGAGGAGAUCUGCCCAGAACCCUGACUGAGAUGUACAUCCACCACCUGGUGGUUCAGGCCAAAGUCAAGAAGGUCAAGUAUGAUGGAGGAGCUGAGACAGAUCCACCCUGGAGUCCAGACAGCAGGAAGAUGAUUGAGUCUCUGGGAAAACUGGCUUUUGAGCAGCUGCAGAGAGGAAACCUGAUCUUCUAUGAGUCCGACCUGACAGAGUGUGGCAUCGAUAUGACAGCAGCCUCAACAUACUCAGGAGUGUUCACACAGAUCUUUAAAGAGGAGAGAGGACUGUACCAGGACAAGGUGUUCUGCUUCGUCCAUCUGAGUGUUCAUGAGUUUCUGGCUGCUCUUCAUGUCCAUCUGACCUUCAUCAACUCUGGAAUCAACCUGCUGGACAAAGAAGGAACCGUACACCAGACAUCUACCACAAAGCCUGUCAAAUCUAAACUAACACAGCUUCACCAGAGUGCAGUGAACGAGGCCCUGAAGAGUCCAAACGGUCACCUGGACCUGUUCCUCCGCUUCCUUCUGGGUCUGUCUUUGGAGGCCAAUCAGAUUCUUCUCGAAGGCCUGCUGACAGGAUCAGGACGGGCAGAGCAGACCAAUCAGGAAACGAUUCGGUACAUCAAGCAGAAGACUGGAGAGAAUCUGUCUGCAGAGAGAAACAUCAACCUGUUCUACUGUCUGAAUGAGCUGAACGAUCACUCCCUGGAGCAGGAGAUCCAGCAGCACCUGAGCUCAGGAAGACUUUCUGCAGAGAAACUGUCUCCUGCUCAGUGGUCAGCUCUGGUCUUCAUCUUACUGUCGUCAGGACAAGAUCUGGAUGUGUUCGACCUGAGGAAAUACUCUGCUUCAGAGCUGGGUCUGCUGAGGCUGCUGCCUGUCGUCAAAGCAUCCAGAAAAUCUGUGAUGAGCAGCUGUAAUCUGUCAAAGAGAAGCUGUGAAGCCCUGGCCUCUGUUCUCACCUGUCCAUCCUCUAACCUGAGAGAGCUGGACAUGAGUUACAACAACCUGCAGGAUUCAGGAGUGGAGCAGCUCUCGGUUGCACUGGAGAGUUCAGAUUGUCGACUGGAAGCUCUCAGUGUGAGUGGCUGUGGGCUUUCAGGGACGAGUUUCAAAGCUCUGAGCUCAGUUCUGAACUCCAGGUCCUGCAGUCUGAUUGAGCUGGACCUCAAUAGCAGCCACAUGCAGGACUCGGACUUGAUGCUGCUCUGUGGUGGGUUGACGAGCUCAGACUGCAAACUGGAAACUCUCAGACUGAGUCAAAACAACUUCAGUCAGGAAUGCUGCAAGACGUUGUCAUCAGUUCUGAGAUUGGAAUCUUCUAGCCUGAAAAAACUGGACCUGAGUAACAACGAUCUGAAGGAUUCAGGAGCCGAGCAGCUUUCAGUUGGUCUGAAGAGUAAAAGCUGUAAACUUGAGUCUCUCAGUCUUUCAGGCUGCCUGAUCUCAGAGAAAGGCUGCUCCUCUCUGGCCUCUGCUCUGAGGACCAACCCAUCGUCCCACCUGACAGAGCUGGACCUCAGCUACAACCAUCCAGGAGACUCUGGAAAGAAGCUGCUUGAGGCUCGACUGAAGGAUCCACAGUGUAAGCUGAAAAAUCUGAGGUUGGACUAUUGUGGAACAAAAUGGCUGAAACCAGGCCUGAAGAAGUAUAUGCGUGAGCUCAGUCUGGACCAAAAAACAGCACACCAAAACCUCAAACUGUCCGACGACAACAGAUCUGUGACAAAAGUGGCCGAAUGCCUGCCCUGCACCUACGACCCUCAGAGGUUCGACUGCUGCCAGCUGCUGUGCCAGAAGGCUCUGAGGCGUCGCUCUUACUGGGAGGUGGAGUGGGAGGGCCUGGUCGAUAUAGCGAUGGCUUACGGAGGAAUCAGGCGGAGAGGACGGAGUGCCGACUGCAGGUUUGGAGGGAACGACAAAUCCUGGAGUCUGUGCUGCUCCAACGGCAGCUACUCGUUUUGGUACAACAACAUGGAAACCGUGGUGCACCCGCCUCGCUCUGCUGCCAUCAGCAGAGUCGCCGUGUAUCUGGAUUGGGGUGCCGGCACUCUGUCUUUCUUUGGCGUCUGCCCAGACAAACAGAUCCACCUCCACACCUUCAGCGGCACAUUCACAGAACCCUUGUAGCCUGGCUUUGGAGUGGGGUCCUCGGUGUCUCUCUGUGACCUUUAAGAAUAUUAGCCAUGCAUGUUCCAGGUCUCUGAAUUUAGUGGUGAAGACAUCGGUUUCGAAGAGAUGUGCAAUCUUGUAGCAGAUAAUUGAAAUAUUGUUCAGCCACAACAUAAUGACCACUGACGGGUGAAGUGAAUAACAUCGAUCAUAUCGGUACUGUGGGGUGUUCUGCUGGGAAACCUUUGAUUUUGGCAUCCUUGUUAAGACUUAGACACCUAAAUAACCUUUGUCCCAGAACAAACAAACUUCCUCGUGCAAAUGGAAGUCCUUUGUGUCACCAGCCUACUGACACUCACCAUAUCGCAAAGGCAUGAAACAAUCGGGAACAUUUUGGGGAACGUGACGGUCACCUAAGAUGUUGAUUUGACCUCCAAACUUCCUAGAGUCCAUUCUGAUCAAGCUGAUCAGAAUUUGAUAAUUUUGAACAUCAUUUAAAUCAUCACUCCAUCACCUAUACACCGCUUAAUCCUCAUUAGUAUCACGGAAGGAUUGAGUCUAUUCCAGCUGAUGGAGGGUCAGAGGUCAAAGGUUCUUUACUGUCAUAUCAUUCCACAUUUGCACAUGCAACAAUACGAAAUUGGACCCUGGUCCCGGUUUCAGCCAUAAAGACAAUAUGAAACGCUUCCAUAAAAGACAAGUAUAAAAAGACACCCUAAUAUAUACAACCUACAACAUAAAUAGAUGUGCAAUGAGACCAUCAGUUAGUGCAAUACAGACAGGAGCUUUGGCUCCGAAGUAGUGGUUGACCGUUUCUCAGGAAAGCCGGGACGUGAUCAGGGAUCUUCACGCUGCAAGGUGAAAGUGCUAACCACUACACAACUGUGCAGUUCGUCAUUUAGCCCUGUGAUGCGCACCAUGGGUCAAAAGUGACCCAAAUCCAAUGGAAAAUGGGUAUCUCCAGUCAUCUAUUUAUUUUUUUUACACCUUAGACUUCAAUUCUGGCGACAGAUCUGGGAACCUUCAAAACAGUAAAAUCUCAUUAACUCAAAGUCGUAGUGAAAUAGCAAAUUUGAUUGGUUGCUGAUGCAGAAAUUGUAUAAAUAAGUUAAAUUCCUAAUGACACUAAUUUGAUGUUGAGUCCGUUUCACUGCUGUUCUGCAUCUAAUGGAACACAGAUGAGAAAACUAAUUGUUUCACUGAUAUUUAUGACAGAAUAUUCAAUCAAUAGCAUUAACUUAAGUUUGAUUUGGCCACAAAUUACAAUGAUUCCCAGCAUUAUGGGACAGCGUCAGACCUACAUGCAUUUCAAAACAAUAUCGCGUUUAAGUAUAUGAAAUUUAGCAGCUCUAUUGUGCCGCUAUCUGUUAGAAAUAAUCAGUAAAAUAAAUACAUUAAAGCACGUUUAACAGUUUUCUGCCAGUAUUCCUGCCAUAAUUUCCAGUUGUGACUUCUUACUGUCAUAUAUUGUAUAUUCCGGCGCCCGUAUAGCUCAUCAGGUUAAGCAGGCGACCCAUAUACAGGAGCUGGUGUCCGAUGCAGCGGCCCGGGUUCGAUUCCUGCCCGCGGCCCUUUGCUGCAUGUCUUCCCCCACUCUUCUCCCCAUUUCCUGUCACUCUUCACUGUGACUAUCACAAUUUAAAAAAAAGUAUAUUCCUUGUUCUCCGUUAUGGAAGCAGCUGAACACUGUCGGUUCAUUUUGUGCUGAAGAGGAAUCACAUGACACGUUAAUGCCCACGUUUAUGUGUUACAAGUUUGAAGCAGAAAAUCUGAGUUUAAAAAUAGUUUAAGACCACCUUCGUGGUACCUGUUAACUCUGAGGUUUAAGUUUUUGUCGAGGCGACUCCCAAGGAAAGCUGGGUUAUGUCGGUCUUCGUAGUUCAGCCUGUGUGUGACAGCAGGUGUCCAUAAAGAAUCGGGUACAUGAGUGUUUCAUAAAGCUGACACCAAUCAGUUAUAAAAGGGAGUUGAUGGGAUCGGAACAUCCGUAAUAAAUGUGUGACUUCUGAGUCACAAGUACUGUAUGUCUUAUUUUAAUUGUUAAUAUUCAGGAUGGAGUACGGUGCUGUUAAUUCCAAAAACUCUGCCUUUUCGUUGUUUUUCUGGUUGCUUUUGUUCAGUACUUUUUGUUGCAAGGGUUUGGAUAAAGACACAAAGACGUUUCUGAUUAGUUUGAGUUACUCUGUUUGCGAGGGUCCUUCAUCUCCUUGUCUUUGGUUAACUUUAACCCUCAUGUUGUUUGAAAAUGUGGAAAAACUAUAUAUUUUCACAGUGACACUUCUGAUGUCCACAUUUUCAACAUUUUUAGGAAAUCUUUGAACAUUUUUUGGUGGGAAAAAAAAGAAAUGUUAAAAUUUUUUUGAAGAACAUUCACAAAAAAUCAACCAAAAUCCAGCAAAAUUCACGGGAUUUUGGUAGAUUUUUUUUUCAAAAUGUUCUUAAAGACAAUCACUUUAGAUGUUUUCACAAUUUUUUUAGAAGAUUUUCACCCAUUUUUUGAAAUGCUUUAAAUUUUUAUACUUUUAAAAAAAAUAUUUCUUGCCAAAUUUGGGGAUUUAAUAAAACUAAUAAAAUAAAAAACUUUUAAGGGAAAUGUUUAUGGAAUUUUUUUUAGACUUCCUGAUGAUUUUGCUCGUUUUUAUAAAUUUGGGGAAUUUUUACUGAAUUUUGGGAUUUUUUUCAGACAAGGAAACAAUAUUUUUUGGUGCCCGUAAAUGAGAAGUAGCAAAAUGGUAGCAAGUUUUAUUGUUGGGUUGAGGUUAAUGGAUUCAGUAGAUCUAUUUCAUGUCGUAAUUUUACGAUCAAAAUUGGCGUCAGUUCCAGUUGAAGUUGCCUUUUAGCAUUUUUCAUGUAGUUGUGAAAUCAAAUCGUAAAUCCACACACAACACGGUCUGUUAACACAACGGUGUCUUAUGAAAGGGAGCAUUUGUAAGAAACACCGUUGUUUCUGUAAACUGUUUUCUGAUGAUGUCAGAUAACUUUAGUGAAUCUAAGGAGCUUCUUGGUGCAAGCAGACGAGAAGUGAGCUGCUUCUGGAACACUUUUGUUUCUCAUCUUUAAUUAAAAAGCUGAAAUUUGUUCUCAAACGAGCCGAAGUAGCGAUUGCUCCGGUAUCUUAGAAAUAUCGUUUGUGAGUUGUAGUUAAACCAGGAGUUGGAAGCUAUGAAGUGUCAGGAUAAGCUGUUAAAGGUGCCCCGUGGAGUUUUAUUGUAAACAAAGCUUCCAUUAAUAUUCAUUUAAUCCGUUUGAUGCAUGUGCGUCCCUCCCAUUGAAACUAUUGUUUUUCUACCACCAGUGAUCUCCAGCAGCACACAGUGAAAAAACAGAACUUUUAAGGGUCUCGUGAUGAAAACCCAUUUUUAUUGUGCUCUUUGGCUAAAAUAAAAGCUGUUAAGAUUAAUUCUGCCAUUCCUGAAAUCACCCCAAAGCUAGUGAGCUACCUAAAUGUACCAAAAAAAUAAGAACUUGACCCCCAUGUGCUACUUCACGCCUAACUAACCAAUAAAGUGUGACUGAUUUAUGAGUAAUUAACGACGUUGCUGCUCUUCCUAUUUGGAGAGGCUGCUGUCUGAUGCUGCUGGAUUUUAUCAAACUCGAGGAAAAGACCGUAAGAUGUUUUUAGAUGAAUAUCGGUGCUGAAAUGGGUGAAAAGUCUACUUACAUGUUUUUUAUGAUAAAAAAAAAAUAGAUAAAUCUCCACAGGGUUCCUUUAAAAUGCUGAAAUUAUCAACCCGUUCCGUGUAGUUGAAUUCAGCUGAAGUCUAAAUGAUUUGUUGUUAGUCAGAUAUAUUUGUUUUUCCUGACAUUCUUACUCACGUUUGACUUUAAACUUGGGCCAGUUUGGAUAUAAAUGGGAUGUAACUGUGCUUUAAUUUAAUAUUUCCACAAACUCUCCUUAUCCAGUAGCAUUAAAAGCCUCCUUUAAGUUCUCUGACAUCUCAGACCUCUUGUUUUAUGAGGAUUAGGAUCCUUACUGUAAAACAAUAUAUUUACACUGUUAAAUGUUGUCGGCUUCUUCUGUUCUCUAAAUAAAAUGUGUCUUUAUUA